GAAAAUAUUGCAUUUUUGUGGAAAAUUCGGGAAGGUCAGUCACAAUGCAUACGUGUUCCGUGAACAAUGUUUCUUUGUUUUAGUGUUCUUAGGUUUUAAUUAUAAGUGCUUUGAAAACUACGCUCGAAGGAACUGCGAACGAUUUACGAUACCGAAAAACUGACGCUAGAAAAUGGCGCAUUUCUUCUUAAUCGCUACAAUUGCGCUAUUGGUUGGAGUUAAUGCCGACCCAAGUAAUGAUAAUCAAAAUCCAUUCCAAGGAUUUCCUUUUAAUCAGUUUCAAAGACCUUUCCAAAACUUCCAUGUAAACGGCUUUCAGCCAUUCUUUCCAUUCCCUCUUCAUCCUAUAAUACCACCAUUCCCUACCAUCAAGAUACCCAGUCCCGACGACAUAAUUGGUAAAAACCCUAGCCCUGGAGAAACUUUUAGUGGUGUAGUGGUACAGUCGUCCAGUGGUUACACUACAGAUGAAAACGGGAAUGUCAUAAAAACUGGUGGUACCACAGUUUUAACUAACGACAACGGUGACGUCAAGGAGUUUAAAGUUGGCAAAAACCCGCCGGUGAUUAAAAGCAACAUAGUUCCACCGGUACCUGUUGUGCCGCCAACGCCAGUAUUCUUCCCGCAAAUACAUAUUACGUCAUUUAAUAGUGACAACCUAAAGAAUAUCAAGCCGGGUCCAAAUCAACAUUUUGUCGGUUCUUCGUCAUCUUCGUUCACAGUUGCCAGUAAUGUCAAUGGCAAAAAGAACUACGCCGGUGCCACUAAAACCAUCGUUAACAAUAAUGGCCAAGUAGACGAACAAGCUCUAAUUAUUGAAAAUAGCGUUUAAU